GGUCAUCUGUUGGGCGAUGACGUGUAGCACACCAACUCGGGUUGGCUAGCUUGACGGACUAAAGCGAGAGCUACGACUUGUCGACAUUCGCACCGACACUUUUUCUUGGCGCAGAAAAGGCAAAUCCAAUAGGCAAGAGAUAACCUGACCAACUAUAAAUUUGGAGUUUUUAUGAUUUAGCAGAAUGGCAAUACUAAGCUGUCCUUCAUUCGAUGGGUACUGCAGAAGGAGACGUUUUUUGGUACGCAGAGAAGCAAUGAAUCCAAUGCACUGUAUGGUGCCCCAUACUCUAUAGAAGCUUCUGUUAAGGAGGUCGCUGCUUGGAAAGACAUGUUUGCCAAGCUGAAGAAAAAGAUAGCAGAAGAGGCAGCGACGGCACCACGGAGCGGUGUUCGGUUACCCCGUACCAUCAGCAAGGAAUCCAUCACUUCAGUGGGGGCAGACUCAGGGGAUGACUUUGCAUCUGAUGGGAGCAGCUCCAGGGAUGACCUGCCUACCCAACUGCUCAGAAGGAAUGAUCAAAUCCGUAAACUCGAGGCAAAGCUAUCAGACUACGCUGAGCAGCUGCGAAUAAUGCAGAAGACCAAGGAGAAGCUUGAAAUUGCAUUAGAAAACCAUCAGGAUUGUACGUACCUCUCCUCUCGCUCCCCUCCUCCCACUUCCAUAAAAAAACUUCAAGAGCAGAAUGAGUUUCACCAGGCUAACAGAGCCAAAAUGGCAGAGGGCAUGACUCUAGCACUGGACAAAAAGGACCAGGAAUGGAUGAAGAAGAUGGCUGUUGUGGAAAAGGAGAAGGCUGCCUUAUCAGCAAGACUGGAAGAGAUGAUGGAGCAAAGCUUUUCACUCUUCCAGAAGAGGGAUGAUACUGAUGAACUGGAGGGCUUCCAGCAACAGGAACUUGCUAAAGUCAAACACAUGUUGCUGAAAAAGGAAGAACAACUGGGCCAGUGUGAGCGGGACCUCCAGCAGCAGGAGGCUGAACUUCAUUCAGCGAAGCGAAGACUUUCUGAAACUCUGGGGAAGCUUCAAGCUUUACAAAAGCAACAUGACGAGAGCUCCAGAUUCAACGCUGAGCUGGAGAUAGAACGAGAGGAACUGCUGUUGCUCAGAGAAGAGGCAGAUAAGAAAAUUGGUGCGUUGGAGGGACAAAACCAGAAGCUACAGUUGGCCAUCCAUCAGGUCUCAGCAGACUUGGAGAAGUCGCAGAGUAUGGUGUCUUUGACAGAGCGCUCCCUUAAUGAUCUACAGACUGAACAUAAUUCCCUCAAGUUGCAACAAGAAAAGGCUGCUGUUACAGAGGAGGACAAAGAGCGCUUAUUGGGGGACCUUCAGAAGAAAGUGAACUCUUUAGAGAGGCAGUUGCAAGGAAACCUGAGCCAGGAUGACCAUCUGCUUGAGCUUCUCCAGGAGAAGUCUGUUCUCGAACAAAGACAGGAAGAGACCAGAGCAGAACUACUACAAUUUCGGAAAAACCAUGCUGGCACAGUUAGCUCCUUGGAGGCACAGGUAUCCAGAAUGACAUGCAACAUUACAGAGCUGCAAACACUUCUCCGACAUAAAGAUGAAUCCUCAAGGUCCUACCGAGAAAGAACAGACACACAAAUCGCAACCCUGGAGCAGCAAGUCCUAGCAAGUUGUGAUCGACUGAAAAGUGCAGAACAACAGAUUGAAGUGGAAAAACGGCAGACAGAAAAACUGCAAGGAGAGUGGAGUGCAGAGAAGGCCUUUUUGGAUCAGCAGUUGUCUUUGUUUCAGCAGCAGAGUCUGGAGAAGAAAAACAGACUCGAGGAGAAUAUCACCGCUUUACAGACAGAUAAACGUACAAUGCAAGACACAAUAGCUGACCUAGAGAGGCAAAGAGAUCAGGUAAAUGUCGUACUGGGACAGCAGAUAGAAGAGCUGGAAAGGUGCAAGGUGGAAUUGGACAGCCGGCAGACAGUUUGCACUGAAAUCGCCAAAGCUCUAGAAGAAAGCAGGCGACAGAGAGAGGAGCUACAAACAAAGGUUGAAGUGUUGACGACAUCGCUAGAGAGAUCACAACAGGAUUUGUCAACUGUCAGUGAGACGCUAAUGUUGAGAGAAAGAGACAUCCACAGGCUACGUGACGAAGUGCAGAGUCGGCAGGCAUCACUUGUCCUGCUGCGGGAGGAAUUUGAGCAGCUGCGGGUCCAACGGGAGCAGAUUGAGCUGGACAAAGACUCGCAGCUAGAUCAUUUGAGAGAAGAACUACUCAGCCAGACCCAACAGCAAGACACUUGGCAGGCCCGGAUCUCAUAUUUAGAGGUGGAGUUAGAGACCCUGACAGAGCAGCUUCACAGCCCUGCUUUGUGCGAUGAGGACCACAAUGGCAGCGUGACAGUGAAUGAUCUAGACCACAUUCAGAAGGUUAAAGAGCUUGAGCAGCAACUCAGUGACAAGAACAGGACUAUCAAACAACUGCAGCAGCGAAUGGCAGAACUAAAAAGGACUUUGCAGAAAGAACUGAAGCUGAAGCCUGAGCCAGAAGAGGAUGCAAAGGAAAAAAUAACAGAAAGUGUUGUAGUAAAACAAGAAAUGGUUUGUGCAGAGUUGCCAUCAGUGUCUAGUCCAAGCCUUUCCACUGCAAAUACCACAGUGACCAACACCUCAGACCUCAAUGACUCAAGAGAAAUCAACUUUGAAUACUUGAAGCAUGUUGUUCUCAAAUUUAUGUCGUCCAGGGAGACUGAGGCAUAUCAGCUCAUACGAGCUGUUUCUGUGUUGCUGAACUUCACUCGUGAGGAAGAGGACAUGUUAAAGCAAACCCUUGAGUAUAAAAUGUCCUGGUUUGGAUCCAAACCCUCGCCAAAGGGAAUUAUCCGGCCUUCAGUCUCAGGCUCUUCUACCCACUGGAGCUGAUGGACUACAAAUAAGGCAUUGAUCAAGAGACAGAAAUAGGAUGACCACCAUCAGAAGGAAAUCAUUCCCGCUUGUGUGGCUCCAAACAUUUAGUUGGAAGCAUGCUCCAAAACUUUAAGCAGCAUCCUGCUAUCACACACUAUCUCUGGCUCUGUGGGACAAGAACUGUUGUUGUUGUUCUUUUUAAUAUAUAAUUUUUUUUCAGGAGAAGGGCUGCAUGGAUGUUUUUGUAAUCAGCUGUUGAUUUUAAAAAUGAUACCAAAAGGUCGAAGCCAGUGGCUUCAUUAAAGAAACAUUUACACUGGAA